AACUAGAAGCUAUUCGGCAGGCUAAAUGCAACUGAAAAGUGUCAAAUCGCUAUCAAGAUUGUGUGAAUAUGUAAUUUUGCACAAUAUGAAAUUGUUUCUAAGUGAAUCGGAUAUUGUUGCCCUUAUGGAUAACGAACUGGAUUUAGAAAACAACACAAAUAAUCCAUUUGAUCAGUUACCUUCAAAUGUUGUGGACGGUUUUCUCAACUUUACUUGUAAAAGUAUUUUCGUAUUUCUCGUCGGAGACCAAUACCGGCCAAGAGCUAUUGAAUACCUUCCCCUUUUAAUAACACCACACCUUACUGAAUUAGAAAUACCAUUUAUGGCUGGUGGAAAACUUGAUCAAAGGAAAAAAGAUACACAUUACAUUCUUCGACUGGCUUCAGUAAGAAGCAAACAGCUGAAAAUAUUGCGGAUGCGGUUGAUGUUUAAUUAUGAUUCUGCAUUUCCAUUUCAUAUUAAUCUGAUAUGCAAGUUUUCAAAACUACAAGUUUUGGAUGUAUCUACUGAUGUCAGCUUGUCCAAAUUAUCUCGGUUUCCUUCAGCACAGGAUGCAUUUUUGCAUCUUCUUGGGCAACAUUGUACAGAAUUAAGGAUACUAAGCGCAAGAUACCAUCCCAUCACAGACGCUGGAAUUAGAGGACUGUGCGUGAUUGGAAAUUGCAGAUCCAUUCGCUUACUUAAUUUCUACGGUUGCAAAGCAAUAACCAAUCAAGGCAUUAAAACUGCUUUUAAUAAUCUGCCUUUCUUGAAAAUACUUUGGAAUGAGGCAACCAUUGACGGUUUGGCUGAAAUAGCUCAAAAUGCUGCAGAUCAAGGGCUACCUAUUCCUAAAUACGCGUUGCUUGCCCUAUAUAUUUUGAAAAAUACAGUAUACAAAGCUGGUAGUCUUGAAAAAUCGGUGCUCCUCUGUCCUUACAUUACAAAAGUGGACAUGACAUUGAUGUGUGAUGGAAUCGUAAAAGACGCGGAUCUCGUUAGUUUACUUUCCCUUAAAAGCCUCUACAUCCUUGAAAUCGAUCAAAGAAAGCCUUUAAACUUUAAUGAAGUUACUUUUAGAUAUUCUGGAGGUAUCACUUUUGAAGGAGGAGUUCUUCCCCUUCUCAAAAAAUUUGGGAAUUCCUUGACAAAAUUAGAACUUGACGUUUUCUUCCUUGACUUAGACAUUUUAACCAUAAUGCAAUUUUGCCACAAGCUUCAAUACCUUUGCCUUCAUAUGCGCAGCAAAUUUGAUCGUUGGCCUAAAGAAGAAGAACAAAAAUCGGGAAAUAAAAGGGAAAUUCCUAUCUUAAAACAUCUGGAAGAAUUGAUGUUAUGUUCUGAUGAUUCGCUUCAUUCCUUUGUCCCCGCAGAAAUUGUGUUAAUCUUAUUGUCUUCUCCGUUACUAUCAUUCAUUUCCAUAAAACUUUUGAAUAACCUAACUGACAAAAUCAUACGAAAAGCAACGCAUGUCAAUUCCUUUCGUCAUCUUGAGAGAUUGUGGUUAACUCACUGUAACGAAGUAACUAAAUACGGUGUGAACCUUUUUUUACAACAGAAUAUCCCUCUAAAGAAACUGAUUUUGGAACGUUGCGAUAAGAUAACGUUUGAAGAUUCCAUCGAAUGGGAAGAAACUUUGACCAAGAACAAUUGGGAACUUGAAUUAGAAAUACGUCACCCUUACUAAUUAUUAGUUAAAAAAAUAAAAAGGUACAA